GCGCUCGGCGGCUCAUUCCGCGGCCGCCGCCAGCCGAGGGGAGCGUCGCGAGCAGAUGCCGCGGGGGCCGCUCGCAGCCGCCGCCGACUUGUGAAUGGGACCGGGACUGGGGCCGGGGCUGACACCGCCGCGCUCGUCCUGCGCCAGGCGCCGACGGCCCCGAGCUCGCGCCACCCUCCAGGGCCCCAGAAAUUACUAUAUUUUUGGCUCCGUGACCCCGUGAUCCUCAUUCCUGUUGUCAUUUGUUGAGUGACCAAUCAGAUGGGUGGAGUGUGUUACAGAAAUUGGCAGCAAGUAUCCAAUGGGUGAAGAAGAAGCUGUUACCCGGACAUAUCCCGUGUCACAUGAAACCUUUCCUCCUCGGCAGGAAGAUUUGACUGUUUACCUGGGCACUGAAGGUUGGAUAGCUAUUGAAAGAGAAGCCGACUGGGAAAGUGGGUGAUGUGCUCAGCGUGCAGAGGCAUUCCAUUGCAAGAGAGGCCUGCGUGACGAGUCGGGGAGGUCACCAUCAGCCAGGCUGCCACACGGUUUCUGGAAGGGGUGACAGCCACCUUCUCCUGUGCCUAAGAUAACCAAACAAUGAAGGAGAACUACUGUUUCCAAGCUGCCCUGGUGUGCCUGAGCGUGCUGUGCCACAGCCAGGCCUUCCCCACAGAGCGGCGGAGCCACCUGCGACCCUCGUUCCACGGGCACCACGAGAAGGGCAAGGAGGGGCAGGUGCUGCAGCGCUCCAAGAGAGGCUGGGUCUGGAACCAGUUCUUUGUGAUAGAGGAGUACACCGGGCCUGACCCCGUGCUCGUAGGCAGGCUUCAUUCUGAUAUUGACUCUGGUGAUGGAAACAUUAAAUACAUUCUCUCAGGUGAAGGAGCUGGAACCAUUUUUGUGAUUGAUGACAAAUCAGGGAACAUUCAUGCCACCAAGACAUUGGACCGAGAGGAGAGAGCCCAGUACACGCUGAUGGCUCAGGCGGUGGACAGGGACACCAACCGGCCUCUGGAGCCGCCGUCAGAGUUCAUUGUCAAGGUCCAGGACAUUAACGACAACCCUCCUGAGUUCCUGCACGAGACCUAUCAUGCCAAUGUGCCCGAGAGGUCCAACGUGGGAACAUCAGUAAUCCAGGUGACAGCGUCAGAUGCAGAUGACCCCACCUAUGGAAACAGCGCCAAGUUAGUGUACAGUAUCCUGGAAGGACAACCUUACUUUUCAGUGGAAGCACAGACAGGUAUCAUCAGAACAGCCCUUCCCAACAUGGACAGGGAGGCCAAGGAGGAGUACCAUGUGGUGAUCCAAGCCAAGGACAUGGGGGGACACAUGGGUGGACUCUCAGGCACAACCAAAGUGACGAUCACACUGACUGAUGUCAAUGACAACCCGCCCAAGUUUCCACAGAGCGUGUACCAGAUGUCUGUGUCAGAAGCAGCUGUCCCCGGGGAGGAGGUGGGACGAGUGAAGGCAAAGGACCCAGACAUCGGAGAAAAUGGCUUAGUCACAUACAAUAUCGUUGAUGGGGACGGAAUGGAGUUGUUUGAAAUCACAACGGACUACGAAACACAGGAGGGCGUGGUGAAACUGAAAAAGCCUGUAGAUUUUGAAACCAAAAGAGCGUACAGCUUGAAGGUGGAGGCAGCCAAUGUGCACAUCGACCCGAAGUUCAUCAGCAACGGGCCUUUCAAGGACACUGUGACCAUCAAGAUCGCAGUGGAAGAUGCUGAUGAGCCCCCCAUGUUCUUGGCCCCAAGUUAUAUCCAUGAAGUCCAAGAAAAUGCAGCCGCUGGCACGGUGGUUGGGAGAGUGCAUGCCAAAGAUCCUGAUGCUGCCAACAGCCCAGUAAGGUAUUCAAUCGAUCGUCAUACUGACCUCGACAGGUUUUUCACUAUUAAUCCAGAGGACGGCUUUAUUAAAACUACAAAACCUUUGGAUAGAGAGGAAACCGCCUGGCUCAACAUAUCCGUUUUUGCAGCAGAAAUCCACAACCGGCAUCAGGAAGCCAAAGUCCCAGUGGCCAUCAGGGUCCUUGACGUCAAUGAUAAUGCUCCCAAGUUUGCUGCCCCUUAUGAAGGUUUCAUCUGUGAGAGUGACCAGGCCAAGCCACUCUCUAACCAGCCAAUUGUUACAAUUAGUGCAGAUGACAAGGAUGACACAGCCAAUGGACCAAGAUUUAUCUUCAGUCUACCCCCUGAAAUCAUUCACAAUCCCAAUUUCACAGUCAGAGACAACAGAGAUAACACCGCAGGGGUGUAUGCCCGGCGCGGGGGCUUCAGCCGGCAGAAGCAGGAUUUGUACCUCCUGCCCAUCGUGAUCAGCGAUGGUGGCAUCCCGCCCAUGAGCAGCACCAACGCCCUCACCAUCAGGGUCUGCGGGUGCGACGUGAACGGGGCGCUGCUCUCCUGCAACGCGGAGGCCUACAUUCUGAACGCCGGCCUGAGCACGGGGGCGCUCAUCGCCAUCCUGGCCUGCAUCGUCAUUCUCCUCGUCAUCGUAGUGUUGUUCGUGACCCUGAGAAGGCAAAAGAAAGAACCACUCAUCGUCUUCGAGGAGGAAGAUGUCCGCGAGAACAUCAUCACCUACGACGACGAAGGGGGUGGGGAGGAAGACACGGAGGCCUUUGACAUCGCCACCCUUCAGAAUCCUGACGGGAUCAAUGGAUUUAUCCCUCGAAAAGACAUAAAACCCGAGUAUCAGUACAUGCCCAGACCUGGGCUCCGGCCAGCGCCCAAUAGCGUGGAUGUGGAUGACUUCAUCAACACGAGGAUACAGGAGGCGGAUAACGACCCCACCGCCCCUCCUUAUGACUCCAUUCAAAUCUAUGGUUACGAAGGCAGGGGCUCGGUGGCCGGGUCUCUGAGCUCCUUAGAGUCUGCCACCACAGACUCAGACUUGGACUAUGACUACCUACAGAACUGGGGACCUCGUUUUAAGAAACUGGCAGACUUGUACGGUUCCAAAGACACUUUUGAUGACGACUCUUAACAAUAACGACACAAAUUUGGCCUUAAGAACUGUGUCUGGCUUUCUGAAGAAUCUAGAAGAAAUGUAAACAGGUAUUUUUUUAAAUCAAGGGAAGGCUCAUUUAAAACAAGCAAAGUUUUACAGAGAGGAUACAUUUAAUAAAACUGCAAGGACAUCAAAGUGGUAAAUACUGUGAAGUACCUUUUCUCGCAAAAAGGCAAAUAUUGAAGUUGAUUACCGACUUCGCUAGAGAAAAACCACUCGGCAUACGAAAUAUUUAAGUGAAGGAGCUGUCCAAUGGUAAACUCUGAAGGGAAAUUGUUUCUGUGUUAUGAACAUCCAAGUCUUUCUUUCUUUUAUUUUUUUUUUUAUUUGUCAAAGAAGCUUCCACAAAAUUAGAAAGGACAACAGUUCUGAGCUGUAAUUUCGCCUUAAACUAUGGACACUCUAUAUGUAGUGCAUUUUUAAACUUGAAAUAUAUAAUAUUCAGCCAGCUUAAACCCAUACAAUGUAUGUACAAUACAAUGUACAAUUACGUCUCUUGAGCAUCAAUCUUAUUACUGCUGAUUCUUGUAAAUGUUUUUGCUUCUACUUUCAUCUUGAACUAAUAUGUGCCAGAUAUAACUGUCUUGUUUCAGUGAGAGGCGCCCUAUUUCUAAGUCAUUUUUAAUGUAUCUAUUUGUACAAUUUUAAAGUUCUUAUUUUAGUAUACAUACAAAUAUCAGUAUUCUGACAUGUAAAAACUGUUAUGGCAUCACACUUAUAUUUUAUGAACAUUGUACUGUUGCUUUAAUAUGAGCUUCAAUAUAAGAAGCAACCUUUGAAAUAAAAAAAAGAUUCUUUUUU